UGAACCACACACCUGGAGAAGGCAACACACCUGGGCAACCCUAGUCCCACCCAACACCCAUCAUGAGGGAAGCUGAUCAAAUCCUGGUUGAUUGACUUACUUGUUAAAGCAGGGAACCCACCUCUUUCUUCAGACACAAUGAGAUCAGGUUGCCACCAUGUCUGUGUCACACAGUUCCAAGCUGAACAAGUCGGUCAGGGACCAGUACAUGAAGCUGCCCCUGGGGGACAAGGUGCUGGUCACAUACAUCUGGAUCGAUGGAUCUGGCGAAGGCCUUCGCUGUAAAACCAGAACCCUGAGCAAGGAGCCAAAGAGCGUUGAAGAUCUCCCAGAAUGGAACUUCGAUGGAUCCAGCACAGGCCAGUCCGAAGGCUCCAACAGCGACAUGUUCUUGAUCCCCGUUAAGAUAUUCAGAGACCCUUUUACCCUUGAUCCCAAUAAGCUUGUCUUAUGUGAGGUUCUGAAAUACAACCGGAAGCGAGCAGAAACCAAUUUGAGGAGCAGCUGCAAGAUAGUCAUGGACAUGGUCAAAGACAGCCAGCCUUGGUUUGGGAUGGAGCAAGAAUACACUUUGCUGGGUGUCGAUGGGCACCCAUACGGCUGGCCCACGAAUGGGUUUCCAGGACCACAAGGACCUUAUUACUGUGGGGUUGGGGCCAACAAGGUGUACGGGCGUGACAUAGUGGAGACCCAUUACAGGGCCUGCAUUUAUGCUGGUGUGGAGAUCUGUGGCACCAACGCUGAAGUCAUGCCUUCUCAGUGGGAAUUCCAGGUGGGGCCUUGCGAAGGUAUUGAGAUGGGUGACCACCUGUGGAUGGCGAGGUACAUUUUGCAUCGGGUCUGCGAAGAUUUUGGGGUAAUCGCCACCUUGGAUCCAAAACCGAUAACCGGCAACUGGAAUGGCGCUGGGUGCCACACCAAUGUCAGCACGAAAGAAACAAGGCAGAAAGGGGGUAUCAAGUUCAUUGAAGCUGCCAUAGACAAGCUGAGCAAACGCCACAAGUACCACAUCCGCAUGUAUGACCCUCGCGGGGGCCAGGACAACUCCCGGAGGCUGACGGGCCAACAUGAGACCUCCAGCAUCUUCGAGUUCUCGGCCGGGAUUGCCAACCGUGGGGCCAGCAUCAGGAUCCCCCGCCAAGUUGGCCAGGAUGGGUGCGGGUACUUUGAGGACCGCCGCCCCUCUGCCAACUGCGACCCGUAUGCCGUAACAGAGGCCAUUGUGAGGACUGUCCUCCUCAAUGAGACAGGGGACGAGCCCAUGGUUUAUAACAACGAGGAGCGGUUGCAGAGGGCGGCCGCCAAAGACUAAGCCUCCGUGGCCCCC